AUGCCGUUAAGUUUAAAAUGGAUAUAUAAUAAGAAAAUGCAGAUCUUCCCACACGGUACUACAAAAAAUUUAGUAGGCAGUUUUCACUGUCAAAAUAUUUUCAAGAUGACCCAUACAUACAUUAAACUUGUUUUAAUCUCUAGUAUAGUACUACUUUCAGUACUAAACAUAGAAGCAGCUGACGAACGUAUAGAAAUCGGAAACUGUGGCGCUGAAGAUGACGCUAAAAAUUUAAAUUUGGCCCCCAAACAAGGCUUUAUAUUGUUUGCACGAUCCACUAAACAGUAUUUGCACGCCAAGGAUACCUGGGUCCCUGACAAUUAUGAUGUUUCUUAUAAAAUGUACCAGGUUGACGGUGUAAAUCUGACUAUCAAAGUUACGCAGUGGUUAUCCAGAGGUAACACUUUCCUUUCUAUACCCCCAUAUGGACUCUUACCUGGUCAUUACCACAUCCAUCCAGAAGUCAAGCCUAAAGCACCAGGUUUACCAAAAUUUAAUGCCGCCUAUCAUCUCUGCCAUCUGUUUUACGAAGCUAAGAAACCUAUAGUGAUAAUUUCAGGCGGAAGUUACAAAAUGGUACCGAGUCAUACUGAAAUUGUUUUAAGCGGUGAAGAGUCCGUUGAUGUGAAUUUAGCAACUACCAGAAACCAAGGUUUCCAGUACUACUGGAUCUGUAAACAAAGUAAAUCUAAUUUCUGUGACAAAACCCCUGUGUCUACCGAGAUGAAAUUUUCCAUUCCACGAAAGUAUGUAGAAGCGGGUGACAAAUUUGAAAUAACUUUGAAAGUUACAACACACAAACAUAACAAGGGUAGUUAUGUUAACUCCGCUAGUACUACUCAAACCAUUGAGGUUGUAAACAACGCAGCACAGUUAGAAAUCGUUUGUAGAAGAAAUUGUCCUCCAGUGAGUGAAGCUGCUAUUCCUACUUCUCCAACGUAUUUAGCGGUAUCUUGUUCACAAAGGUGUGAAACCUUGAAAGAUGAAGACUACGAAUGGACUGUUACGUCAAAAAAUGACCCGGAUUUUAAAUUUGACUACAAAAAGAAUACACAGUUUGGACAGAAUACCAACAAAUUUAUAAUUUUGAAAGAUGUAUUGGUACCAGAAGAGUAUUUAUUUGAAGUUCGGUUGAGAGAUACGGUACCACUGAAAGGUCGUGCCGUAAUGAACCUCAGAUUUCCAGCACCUCCAAAAGUGACCACGUGCAGAGUUACUCCAAAUCAAGGUACCGUGGCGACACGGUUUACUCUUCUGUGUGGUCCAGAAAAUGCAACUUCUCUAAAUAUAUACGAAAUCUAUAGCAGAGACAAGAAAGACCAUUCCAAAACCGAUCUUAACGCUUUUGGCGUCGUUCCCUCUAUUUUCCAGCAACAUUUUUUGUUACCUAACUCAGACCAGAAUAUUUUUUUUGUAAAAGUGAUAACUGAACAAGGUACUUGGACAGAAGUACCAAUCUCUGCAACGGUAGAAUCAACGAUUAGUAAUCAGUCCACUCAUGGCUUCAUAGAUUCGGCAAAGAAAUUUUACGGUGAUCCUUCCAAUCCCAAUUCGGUUACUCAAGUAAUUGGCAGUGAUAAUGCCGAUACAAGAUCCAAGGCGCUUCAAAAAUUUAAAGCGGUGGUUAACGAAGUUGUGAAAAAGAAAUUCAAAGACGAAGACGAAGAACUGAAAGAUUUUGUCCAAGAUUUGAAAUUUAGGGUAGUCGAGGACAUGUUGCAUGCACCUGUUGACACAAUUAACGAAGUGGUACAAAUGAGCGAAUCGAUUGCCAAACUGCUAAAUCACAACGACUUGUCUCCAUCUGAUCCCUUACUGGGUAAAUUCACCACGACCAUUUGUAAGAAGAUGAUGAACAAGCACGUGGAGCUUGUAAGAAAGGAAAAAUAUCCAUUGAAUCUAGGAGAAAAGACGAAUCGUGUGUCGAGUUCUUUGGAAAGUUGUCUAGAAACUAACACCAAUCCCAACUACUACGUCGUUAAACCGAUAGACCACAACGUCACCACACCGGUACCAAUUUUCAAUGAGCCAAUUGUCACCGAAAAUUACCCCGACUACGCCGAUUUCAGUGACGAAUAUUAUCAAAAUCUGGAGUAUUUAAAAGAGUCAACCUACAACAUCAUCAAUGCCACUAGUCUUUCCGCCAAAGUCAUAGCAAUGACAACUGCUGUUGGCGAACAGUUUGUCGAAACGUUUGGCAACAAAAGUGGUACGAUUGUGGCAAAAGACACCGGGAGGCUUUUAGCCAAAAGUAGAGUACGUUCUCAAGGGGUGGUUCUAAUACCAUCACGAGAUUUCGUCGACGAUGAACAUCCGUACGACAUUUUGUUGUCGACUUGGAGCAAAGACAUCAUGUGGUGGAAUCCGAAAUAUACGAAAAUUGCUACUGAUAUUGCUCAUAUUGAAUUUUGGCAUUCGACGUGUAAGGAGAAGGUAACGACUUUCAAGAAUUCGGUUGGAUUGUUCUUCACUGUCAACAAGGAUAAAGGAUUGAAUAUAAGUCUCAUUCGAGACACGUUUGUCGUACCAGAAGCAUACACAAGUCUCUCCAAUGACGACUUAAAUAAGGUUAUUAAAGUCCGACGCAUGGAUUUUCCAGCUGGAAAGCUUAUCAGUAUAGACUUUUCUAAUAUUGAAGACUCAGCUAUUUUAGAUAUCGUGGUCACACAAUUCAAGUUUCCAGCUAUCGAAGACUUUGACAAUAAAACAACAUCUAAAAAUGUUACCGUAGGAUUUACUUUAGUUAACGAAAAUGACUACGACAUUUGGUGUUACGUUGGAGUUUUGGCAAACCGAGAAAUUCAAACAAACAACUCGUUGCAGUCGAUAACGUACGAUAUCAGUUUUGUGGUUUCUCUCUGUGUUCGAUGGGUGGAAUUGAACCAUUCGUGGACACCCACGUGCAAGAUAGGUGAUAAAGGCAACGUGAGUACCAUCCACUGUGAAUGUAACACGUUUUCGGUAAUCGCUGGUUAUGUACAAAACAUGCGGUCUCUCCUUCAAGAAGUUGCUACCCUAGAACUAGAAUUAGAACUACAAUCUAACUACGUAAUAAUCAUAACAGUAGCAGUAAUGUUGGCAUUGUACUCUAUUCUACUUAUCGUCAUACUGAAAAGAAGAAGCGAGGUUUAUUUCUUAGGAGACAACGUCAGUACUGAUCAAUUUGCGUACGUUGUUGUCGUUAAAACCGGAUUCGGACGGUACACUUCUACGACUUCAAAUGUGAUCAUCAGACUUAUUGGAAGCAACGAUUCUAGCACUCCGCACGUUUUGAACUUCCCUGACCCACAGUUACGCAUAUUACAAAAAUUCGGAAACGACCUUUUUAUUUUGACGACGGAAAACCAUUUAGGAGAGAUAACAGAGAUCGAGUUGUGGUUUGACUCAGUGGGUGCCAAUCCAGACUGGUACUGUAGAGAUAUUUUAGUGUACGAUAUGCAAGAGCACGUCGAGUGGUACUUUGUCGUAAAGAAGCGUUUAACGGUGGUCAGAGGUAAAACUCACAUUUCGUUAAAGCCGACAAAAACGGAAGUAAAAGGGAAGAAAACGUUAUUCAGGAAGAUACGAUUUCGGAAUUUGUACCACACUUGGUACUUAUGGCAGGAUGAAGAAAAUUUUUCUUACGUUAAGAAACUAACAGUGAUUUUGUCCUGUUUACUAACUACAUAUGCACUAGUACUUCUCUUUUCUGGCGUUCCUACAUUCCAGUUACUAGAUGGUUUUGAUAAUAAUACAUAUAAACUGGACGAAGUCACAGUUUUGAUCGCUUUUAUUAGCUCUCUUUUGGGGUUUAUCAUUCACACUGCGAUAGCUUGGUGUUUCAGAUUAUCAAAAUUGCAGUACUCUAGCUAUAAUGACGAAGAAAAAUGGUCUUUUAACGUGACUCAGACAUGUUGGUUGGUUUUGGUACUUUUAAUAAUCAGUUCAAGUUCACUUUUGAUAAUUAGUGGAUUUUGGGUACCAUUUUACCAGAGUUUAAUCUGGUUGACAACGUGUCUGAUGGGUACGAUUUUACAAAUUCUUGUCUAUGAGAAUAUCUUCGCCGUAAUUGCAACCCUCUUGUGCAAAGUGGAGCUCGCGUACAACAUUAAGCGACGAUUUACGAAUUUGUUGGUAUCAACAGAAGAACAACGACGGUACCUUUAUCAACAAUUUGGCGAAGGUCUCUUGCGUCCUUAUUUCGAACACUUAUACAAUCCAUUAAAAAAAACUGAAGUUAAAGAAAAACAGACUGAGGUAAGACGCCGUCGCGACGUUAUCUCUGAAUUUGAAGAUUUGAUCAUGUUUGGUAUCUACGUCUUUAUUUUGUACGCGGUAGUACUCGUAAACAAAGGCGGUCUUUUAAUACGCAGCAAACUUGUGAUGGAAGAAAUGAUGCAAGGCAAACUCGUACGAAAUUUCGCGUUUGAUGAGAUGCAGACCAUACAAGAAGUUUAUAACUUUAUCAACACCACUUUCAUCCCUUCAACGCAUCCGGUGAGGUGGUACGGGAAUUUCGUCGUGUCAGAACCCGCACUGAUGAUUGACAUGACCAACAAAUACAUUGGAGUGGCCAGAAUUCGUCAACAAAGAAUAAAAGCUAAUGUAUGCAAAAUGCCAAAACAGAUGGAAUUUUUGAAUACUUCUUGCGAGCCUGAGCUGGCGUUGCAUUAUGGUGACACCAAACCGUUUGGAUAUGCCUGGGGGAAAUAUUCAUUCUACUUAGAGUUUGAUAGAUUGAAAGACAUUUGGAAGUACGACCCUGAGUAUAAAACUGGUACUUUUGGAUACAUCGGAGAAUUUGCUACGUAUUCGGGAGGUGGUUACGUCAGCUACCUUGGUCGCACUCUUUACAACUCGUACGCAAAUUUUCGAAAAUUUCUCCAAAAAAUUUGGAUUGAUAACAGAACCAGAAGCAUUUUUAUCGAAAUUUUGACAUACAAUGCUAACUAUAACGUUUUUAAUUCGAUCAGGUUGUUGUUUGAACAAAGUGCAACAGGAUCGGUGUUCCAAAGCAUUAACGUAUUCGCUGUGAGGAUGCUUUUCGUGCAAAACGAAGCAGAACACAUAACUAAGAUCUGCUUUGUUCUUUUCGUAGUAUGGGUGACGAUGCUCUUUUUCAAGCAUUCUCUAGGUGCCAUUAAAAGAAUUAGAACUUUCUACAAGGAUAUUUGGUUUAUCAUUGAUUUGAUCAUCAUACUAAUGAGUCUGGUUUGUAUCGGUUUGUUCAUUCUUAGGAUCAAUUUGAUUGGUCAAUACCUGUCAACGUUAGAACAUGUCAAACAUAACGAAUUCUUAAACUACUUUUAUCUUUUCUACUUGGAAGAAUUUCUGAAGAUUUUUGCUUCUGUUUUGGUUUGUCUUGCCACAGUCCGUCUUUGGAAGUUUCUCAGGUUUGGGUUGAUGUUUCGGGUUUUAGAAAGAACUUUAGCUAUUUCUGCGGAACCACUCCUGACAUUUACUGUCGCUUAUGGUGUUCUCGCGGUAGCAUAUGCAACCACCAUCGUUAUUUUAUAUGGAAAUUAUUUCAAAGAGAUUAAUACCGUUGUGAGGUUGCUGAGGCUUUUGGUAACCAUGGCUCUAAAGUCUAGUGAACUUGAAUUAUCAAAAUACGUACAUUUAGUAAGCGCAACUUUCUAUUUCACAACUUACGGAAUUUUAGUUAAAGUAGUUUUCUUAAUUUAUAUAAUGCUCAUCCUAAUGGCUUAUUCUGAAGCUCAAAUGGAAUUUUCGACUCACAGAGCAGAGUACAACAUCAAACAUUACAUUCUAGAACGAAUCAAAUACAUCCCUAAGUUUCUCAAGUAUAAGUACGCCAGGCUGAAAGCUGGUCAAACGAAAAAACCGAAAAUUGAACCGAAAGCUGACAAGUUUGUUUACUCAAACAGCUUUUUAGUCGAGACGCGUAAAAUGCUAACAAUGAAAUGUAUGACACAGUGUUGCAUAAGAAACAUGUUGCAACCAGUUUCAAAGUCGAAGCAUCUUAGUGACAAUGAUGUAAGGUUGAUGCUGAGAAUUGCGCAGCUGUUAUUGGAAAAGACUCACAAUGUAGAAGUAGAAGUAUUUUUUAAAGGAAAAAUCAAAGGGAAGAGGAUUGCGUUGGUUGAUGAGAGGAGAGUUACAAAAAUUGCAGAAGUGACAAAUAUGCUGCUGGAGACUCAAAAACAUGAGACUGUGGCCGAAAAGGGAGUCGUUUUGGACAAAUACGUUCAAAUGAUCAGAAAAAAGCAGAAGACACUCAAAAACUGUAGCUUAACUUUGAAACUGAUGAUACAUAAAAUGAACACUUUUGACUUGGAGUUAUCAAAAUUUAAGUAA